AUGGUUAACCGUUGUUACAAUUGUUACAACACUACAAAUAAUAACAUCAACAAUCCUUCAUCUUACACUACUAUUAAUGUUGCCACUCCUUCAUUUGCUACAAAUACUCCUAAUACCGGUUCAAACCAAGAAAAAUUUUUGCUAGAUUCAUUUCUUUAUGUCAAUGGUAGACGUUAUCAUAAUGUUCCAACAGCAUCUUAUUGUCUACCAAAUGACAAACAAGAAAUUGAACGUUUAACUUUAGAACACAUAAUCUAUCGCUUCAUUUGGCAUGGUAAUUUUUCUUCUCCUGUUGAUGAUGUUCUAAAAUCAUCAUUUGCAAAAAAUGAUAAAGCAAAAGUUUUGGAUAUCGGCUGUGGUUCUGGUAAUUGGUUGUUAGAAAUGGCCGAGGAAUACCCUAAUGCUAAUUUUGUUGGCAUUGAUAUUUCCCCCAUUUUCCCUAAUGAAUAUGAUUCAAAUAAACCCACAAAUGUUGCUUUUUUAAAAUUUGACGCUCUUAGCGAGAGUGGUCUACCUUUCCCAGAUGAUACCUUUGAUUUUGUCUAUCAAAAAUUUAUGGGACUUUUUAUCAACGAAAAUAAGUGGAUGAAACACAUAGAAGAAUUAAUAAGAAUUACUAAACCUGGUGGAUGGAUUGAAAUAAUGGAUAUUGAUCCUUUCCCUUAUGAUGCAGGUCCAAUUUUAACUAGUUUUCUGAAAUCAAGAAUAAAUAGAAAAAUUGUAUUUGAUAUUCCAUUGCUAUUUAAUCAGAAAUCUGAAUUGAUCACUGUUCAUUCUCAAGAACGUCCAAACCCUAUUGGUUCUUGGGGUGGCAAAGUUGGUGAAUAUAUGUUGAAAAACGUUAAAUUAAUUGUUGAUUCAUUAAAACCUUACAUAUUACCAGAAUUGGGUUUAUCUGAACAAGAAUUCCACGAGAUGAUUAAAAGUAUAUAUGAUGAACUUAACACAAAUAAAACCUUUUAUAAAUCUUAUAGACAUUUUGCUCAGAAACAAUAUUAA